CCCCCACUCUAACGUUAGGGGGGCUGCGGGCGAGAAACGGGCAUCGCCAGUGCCAGUUAAGACGCUUAAGCAAAGACACGCACCUUAAAAAUUUAAAUUUUUGUGUUGCUCACUCACACCAAUAUCAUUCGCGCUCGCCAGCACGCACACUGCCUCAAUUAUCGUAACGCGCAAACUGUCAAACAUUUUUGUCUGCUUUUGACAAGUUUGUUGGCUAGCGCGUUUUUUUUCGUUUUACAUUAUUCAAGUGAAAUUGAAGAUUGUGGAACAACCCCCGGGGACGGCUUUGCCGCUUCCUCCUAAGCCACCUCUUCCAAGCGGUGCACCGCAGGCAUCCCCGAAGACCCAAACGGCCACCGUGGCCCUGGCCAAACCAAGGAGGAAGAAUGGUUCGUCCUCCAGGGCACGGUCAUCAAAGAGAAUCCAGCGCGGAUGGCUGCCAAAGGAGGAUGAGAAACAAAGGACCGAUUGAUGCACCGGCAACAGUGGCGCUCUAUCCGGAUCGCGUUUCCGCAAAUGGUUCUGCCGUGGUGCGAAUUCGUACAAGCAGUCAAGCGAGUGAACUUUCUCCCUUCGGCAACAGUCGCUUCCCCCAGCAGCAGAACAAACGUCCAGUACGGCGUUCAAGUGCCUGGUCGACACAGCGGCCCAAAACCAUGCCAGCAACUAUCUGCUGACCCAGCUGCUCAACAAGAACCAGCAGAGCGAGAUCUUGCGCCGCAUGAAGAACGCCGAGGCCGACACAAACCAACUGCAACAGCAGCUGGCAAGUCAACAGCCGCGCAUUCCGAUCCCGCAAGAGCUGCAGUUCCACAUCCAGAGCAACACACAGAACGUGCUGCUGCAAGACCAGCGCAGGAUGCUGUACGAGUAGGCCGUCGAACCGACCGCUGCCAAUUUAUCCAGUCCUUUUGUCAGGGCAGAGCCAAACGACCGCCGGAGCAAACAAAUUUACUGCGCCGUCGGCUGCUAACCAAAUGUUCCCCGGCGGAUCAACCGCGGCCGAGCUGUCCAACUCGCUGCAGCAGAGGAUGCAUCUCUAGCAACCCCUGGGACGUCAUGCCGCCGGAGCCGGCCGUGGUCCGUCACCUGGAACCUCAACUGACAAGCUUAGAGUGCUGCGCAUUUGUUCCUUUUUUUUCCUUCAUUUUCCGAGAGAGAAUUAACUUCUUGCAGGAAAGUAGUUUUGCUUGUUAUGUUCAAAUUUCUCAAUUGUUAACUAAAAAAAAAUACAAAAAUACAAAAAUACAAAAAUACAAAAAUACAAAAAUACAAAAAUACAAAAAUACAAAAAUACAUAAAUACAAAAAUACAAAAAUACAAAAAUACAAAAAUACAAAAAUACAAAAAUACAAAAAUACAAAAAUACAAAAAUACAAAAAUACAAAAAUACAAAAAUACAAAAAUACAAAAAUACAAAAAUACAAAAAUACAAAAAUACAAAAAUACAAAAAUACAAAAAUACAAAAAUACAAAAAUACAAAAAUACAAAAAUACAAAAAUACAAAAAUACAAAAACACAAAAAUACAAAAGUACAAAAAUACAAAAAUGUUAAAAAACACAAACACAAAGAAACAACACCACAAAAAUACUAAACAAUAAUAAAAUGAAACAAAAAUAUAACAUAAUAUAAACACCAAAUCAGAAACAUAAAAAAAUCUAAAACCCGAAGUACUGAAAUGCUAAAAUAUGGAUAAUAAAAUUAUAGAAAUACAAAAAUACAAAAACGC